AAGGAGAUUGGGCUCUCGUGAAUUGUACCGCACACGCAGUUGAAACAAGCCUUGCGGUUCUGUGAUUGUAUCCGUUUUGUUUGGAUCCAUUCUGUCCUGCGUUUCUCCUGAAUUUUUCGGCCAACUUGGGUGAUCAUGGCCUUCGUUGCAGCGCCCCAUGGGUUGGUUGGUUCCUCUUCACCCGAGUCACAGCCAAUGGUGAACAACGUGAAGGAUCUUGAGAGGGCGGAGUAUGGUACAUUUAGCAACAGGGGGUUCCAAGUAGCGUUAGGUUCUGGGAGCGAACCAAUUGACGAGAAGGGUGUGGUUUUCAGUUGUUGGGAUAAGUGGACUGGUCGCUCAGCGGAGUGUGCAACUCUGGCUUUCUUGUUCCUGCAGCUGCCUCAGAUCAUACUCAACACAAAGAAUCUGCUGGCAGGAGAGUUCGCGGCUCUCUUCGCCGUGCCGUGGAUGGGACAACUGACCGGGUUACUCGGAAACUUGUCCUUACUUUCAUAUUUUGCGAGCAAGAGGGAGAGGGGGGCGAUGAUCGUUCAAGGGGUGGGCGUGGGAUCUACCCUGAUUGUGCUGAUGCAACUGGCAAUCGCCGGGGCAAUGCCGCUCCCUGCUUUCGGUGUGACAACCCUAGCAGUGGUCCUGGGUUACAUCUUGAAUAUAUUGAACUACCAGAAAAUUGUGAGACCGUCCAUCUGGCAAGUGUGGGAAGAAGCUGUGACGAUCGGUGGUGUGACCGUCCUUCCUCAGGUGAUGUGGUCGACGUUUGAGCCAUUUCUACCUCAUUCGUUGCUGCCUGCGAUCGUAUUUGGAGGUGGGAUUCUGUGCUUGGUGAUCCUGGCUAGGUUGGGAAAGCUUUCUGAGAGAAUGCUAUUACAUGUGGGUGGUGCGUCGGCUUGGACGGCCACCCUCCUCUUCAUGUGGGGACCAGUCGCACAAAUGUGGACCAAUUUUUUGAACCCAGCCAACAUCAAAGGACUUUCAUCUCAGACUGUUUUGCUGGCUAUGAUUGGGAACGGUUUGUUACUGCCUCGUGCUCUGUUCAUCAGGGACUUGAUGUGGUUCACAGGUUCGUCAUGGGGAUGCUCAAUGGCCGGCGAGGGCAUUCUGAUCAGCAUGUACAUCAAUAACUGCGUGAGUGCUGGAUUGUUCUGGAUAGUUUCGACGGGCUAUGUUUCCGGGAUAGUGUGCAGUUGGCAUGUUGUAUAAGGACCGACAAGUGUAUGGACUUUCCUCAAUAAUCAGCCCACUCCUUGAGCUUGUGUCCGGAUCAAGGCGAUACUACGUCUGAAAAAGAGGGAGUGAGAUUUUUGUCUUGCUUGCAUGAGAAGAUUACUAGCAUUGGCACCUCGGUGUCGAUGCCAAUGGACUAUUGUGAGAAGCAGCAUGUCAACCUGGAGCAUGAUCAAAGCUUGUGGGGAUUUUCGGAUAUGUGCAAUAUCAGAGUACCAUCUUUAAAACCAGAAGCAUUGUGGGGGAACUGCACACUAACCAUUGCAGGAAUAAAGCGGUUUGGGUAUCAAUUAGCAGGAAUUAUAGCAGGUUGGGUAACCAUUGAAAUAAUGCACUAGUUCCAGUGUAUGGAGGAAAAUUGAGAACAGUCCAUGUGGAAUAAUCCAAGUAUUUGUUUGCGAGUAGAUUUGAUUUGUGUAGAGUAUUGGAGGCACAGUUCUGGUUCUGGUGAAUGGGGUCACAUUGUUGAGCAUGAGGUUGAAUAGAGGUGAUAGGCGACAACACAGCUACAUAUGAGGUAUUAGGAAUGCGAUUAAAAAGUGCUAUCAUUGGAUGGUCACAGCUGGGUAUACUAUAUAGCGAGCUGGAGGUGUGAGGAUGAGAGUUUGUAAAUUUGGGUUCAUUGAAGGGGGAUGAUGGAAUUCGUCUUCCUCACAAUUUGUUGUGAGGUCUAGUGGAGGGUCCUAUGGAUGUACAGUAUGAAUGGGAAGCGACAUUUUUGUGUAGAACGGUUAAUGAAAAAAACAUCCAUAGAUUAUUUGUUGGAA